CAUGUUGCCUCCCCUCCCCUGCCCUCCCCCAAGUUUUUAAAGGAAACCUGCCUCAUUCUUUAUGCCAACCCAGACGUGGAACACAACAAAUAUUGGCAGAUACUGACACCCUUAUGAAGCAUGACACCUGGUGGGAAAAUGGACCAGGAAAACCUGAGGGAGGGAACAGUAGUUUGUAAGGGUUUGGGAUUUCCAGUGUGGAUCCAAUAAAUAAAGUUAACUUCCUAAUGUAACUUCAAGGAGACAGAUUCGAAGGCCUGUCAUGGUGUUUUCUACCAGCCAUCUUGGAAAUCCAGCAUUCAAAGGCACAGAAUGCUUCCACAGUUUGAAUUGAAUAGGCAGAAUUUUAUCAAGACCAAUUUCCUACUAAUAAAAACUAAGAUUUUUAGGAUAAUGCUAAUCAAGGGGUAAUAACAAAGCCCUAUAUUCCUAGAGAUUUAAGAAAUAGCUAUAUUCUAUUUCUGGAUGCAUUUUAAUGAGGCAUUGCCUGACAGUAAGGGAUAUAAUGAAAGUCUCUUCUGUUUGCAAAUUUUGAAUUUCAUGGCUUAUAGACUGCAUGCUAAUAAAGCUGUUAAAAGUAAUAAAAGGCAGUGGCAGGCAGAGGGCUCUCUGGGUAAUCUGAAUUGAGACGCUGGGCACUCGUGUAAAAGCUGGGAUCCAGAAUGCAUCUGUAAUCCUGGCAUAGGGGAGGCAGAUCUUGGAGUGCAGUGGCCAAGUCGUCUAGACAAAUGGGUGAGUUCCAGGGUCUUCCAACAGGAAGACCCUAUUUCAAAAAACUAGGGUGAGAAGUGAUGGAAGACGUCACUGUCCAGACAUCAACUUCUGUCCUCCAUGUGCAGGAACAAGCGCACAGACCAUACAAAGACUGUCACACACAUGCACAUGCACACGCACGCACACGCACACGCACCCUAUCUUUAGAUGGUGAUACUGGACACACUUAGGGAAAUCAGGGGAAGAUCUUGUCAUUAUGUACAUACCCAGCUGAAGGUGAGACAAGCCCUGUGUGCUCUUCGUCUUAGGAAUGUGGCCAUGGCUGUCUGUCCAGCCCUUUCUCUAAGGAGCUUAGGCCUGACACUUAUUAUUUCAACAGUAACAUCAAUGAAAGCAGCCCUUAGCCAUGGCCCUUUCUAUUUUGAACUCAAGUUGCAUUCGCCAUUUCAGGUUUAUCUUUCUAUUAGUCAAAAGAAAGUAUUUUGACAUUGCAUGAUGAAGACUGAGGGAGUGAAUGAGAUGCAGAGCCAUAGCAUAAGUCCCUGCAGCUGGGUAGAUGUGAAGAGAUGGGAUCAUCAGGAGGGUAGGAUAUUUAUAAAAUCUUGGGUGUGUGUGUGUGUGUGUGUGUGUGUGUGUGUGUGUGUGUGUGGCAGCUAAGGAGAUACAAUCUGUGAAACACUUCUUAUCCAUAAGCUCAGUACUGGUUCCUGGCAGGAUUUAUGCAUCCAGGGCUCCAAUCACCAGCUGGAAUGGCUUCCUGAUUUGGUCUUACCCUGUCUCCAAAGACGCCGAGCUCUAUCACUAAGCCAUGAGUCUCAGCAAGAGUCAGGUUGGACUGUGGCCCGUGCUCUCUCUUCCUGGGCCAGCUCUGGUAGCACAGUGCAGCCUCCUCUACAACUGGUCUUAUAAUAGUUUUUUUUAUUUUUAAACACAAAUGUGUACAGGCAUCAGUCACCCAGGGAUCUUGUUAAGAUACAGUUUGAUUCCCUACGUGUGCAUAGGCAGCUGGGAUUCUGCAGCUUCAACAGGCUCACAGUGGCCCUUGAUGCUGCAGGCCCACAGACUACAUUUUAAGUAGUGAUCACCACUAGACUCAUUGUGUGUCUCUUUCCUUAAAUUCACUUAGUCUUUACCUGUGUACCCAGGGAGUUGUCAUGUUACCUUUACUUAGAAAUGUUUCUAAAUGAGGGCUAGAGGUGUGGUAGUGUGCAGGCACAAUGGAGAAGGGGAAGUGUAUGGUAUAGAGCUCUUGUGCCUGUGUCAGACAGAUAAGACCUGAAUAUGUAUGCAUAGGUCCACGUGCUAUGGACAGUCGGGAGCUAAAGAUCUAAACAGAAAGAUCAGCUCUUGAAGGUCUAUAAGCCUUUCUGGGAUGACCACUGGGUCACUGCUAACACUAGGUCCAUGUGUAUAACUCAGUUUUGAUGUGCUCUUACUGGACACUACUCUUGACUUCUGGGUUGGUAGUAGAUCUCUAUUUCCAGGGACUGUUCGCCUGUUUACUCAAGAGUUUCUCCUGUGGAUUCUAAUGCUUGUCUUCUCCAGAUUAGUCUCAGGCUUCUUUCUUUCCUUACCCUCCCUUAGUCUCUCCAGAAAUGAUUUCUUCUCAAGAACUGCUUCCCAAGCCAUGUGUGUCCAGUGCAGAUAUUUCUACCAAGGAUUCGUUCUGCUCUCUGCAGCAUCUUGUGUUGCUACUCUAACUCCCAAAACAUCAUUUUAAAAUAUUCCAUCCACACAGCCUGUCACUUUAAAACUUGGAUGAUUUUUCUACAACUGGAGCUUGAGUACUAGACUUCUUAUCUUGACAGCCAGAGUCUGGCCUUAGCCAUGCUGGAGGUCAGUUCUUCCACGGGGUUGGGCUUUUACUGCCAGGGCUAACUCACAAGUCAUGUGUAAUACUUUUAGCCUAGAACGCCCAGUAAUUCUGGUUGCACUCUGUCUGUCCCCUACCAAUUCCUCAAUUCCUAGGCACAGACAAAAUUCCCAAGCCUGGCUUAUGAGUCUGGACUGAGCAGUAUGGCCUGACUCACGGGACUGGACGGAGCAUGACUCCUUUCAAAUCCUCAGAGCACUUACUGCAAUUGUUGAUGUUUGAAAUGGAAUCUUCUCCUGCUUUGUGUGAUAACAACUAUUCUUAAUCUCUUCAUUGUAUCAUGACUGCCAAGGAGUACAGGAUCACACACAUUCUUCCCAGCUUUUCCCAUAACACAAAGACUCUACCAAAUAUUUGUAUACUGAUCAUGGCUUAAAAUGGCAUUGUUUUGGAAGGAGUUGCUGGUUUCUCAGUUACCACAUGUGUCCACAACCAAAGAAUGCUAGUUACAUACCAGCCUAGUGUAAAUACUUUUCAGGAAAAUUUUCUGACUCUGGGAAGUUGGAUGAAAAUUUCAAAGACAAACUCUAAGAUCUGGAUGUAUAGUAUAAGCCUAUAGAUCCAGUUAGUCCUGAGGCUGAUGUGAGAGCAUUCAUAGCCCAGGCAAUACAGUGAGAUCCCCAUCUCAACCAAAACAAAAAAUUCAAAGGAAACAAUGACAUGGUGGAGAACAUAGAAUACUAUGAGGGAUAAAGUAGAAUUACAUGAUUAUUUUUAAUCUGUUAAAAAAAAAAAAACCCAGAUCUAGAAGAAUAGUGAAACCAGUGAAGGUAUCCUGUUUGUUUGUUUUUGUUGUUAGCAACUCAGCACAAACUAGAGUCACUGGACGAUGGAAUCUCAAGGAAUUGCUUCAAUCAGACAGACUGUGGGCAUGUCUGUAGGGCAUUUUAUUGGUUAAUGGUUGAUUGGGGGAGGGUCCAGCCCACUGUGGGCAGUGCCACCCUUGGACAGGUAGUCCUGAGUUAUGUACAAAAGCAGGUGGAUCCAUCCACGGAGAUCAAAUCACUAAGGAACAUUCAUUCACGGCCAUUGUGCUGGAUAGUUUUAUGUCAAUUUGAUACCACAUAGAGUGAUCUGAGAGGAGGGAAUCCCAAUUGAGAAAAUGCCUCCUUAAGAUCUGAGUGUGGGCAAGCCUGUAGUAUUUUUUAAAAUUAAUGAUUGAUGGAAGGCCCCAGCCCAUUGUGGCUGAUGGCCCUGGGUUUUAUAAGAAAGCAGGCUGAGCAAGCCAUGACGAGCAAGCCAGUAAGCAGCACUCUUCCAUAGCUUCUGCGUUAGCUGCUGUCUCUAGAUUGCUGCAUUCUGAGUUCCUGACUUGAUUUCCUUUGGUGAUAAACUGUGAUGUGGAAUUUAAGCCAAACAAAGCCUUUCCUCCCCAGGUUGCUUUGGUCAUGGUCAUCACAGCAGCCCUUACUAAGUCAAUCUCUGAUUUAGUUCCUGCCUCCAAGUUUUCGUCUUGACUUUCCCUGGUGUUGAAUUGUGAUUGGGAAGGGUAAGCAAUAUUAACCCCUUCCUGUCCAAAUUGCUUUGGUCAGUAUUUUAGCUUAGUAACAGAAAGCAAAUUAAAACAAAUGGGUAUCAUAAACAUGGGGUAUUUCUGUAAUAGACAUGACUGCUCUUGGGAGGAAGCUAUUCUGUGUGACCUUGGAAGAUAAUGCAGAGAAAUGCAAAUCAUAACAAUCCAGCUUGUUAAGUUUCACAGAGAAGUUUGAAAAUCAGUUCCUCACGGACUCUUAUUUUGCCGCCCAAGUGCUGUGUUUAAAUUAAGAAUCUGGUUGUGGUCAGUUGUGACUAAAGAACUAUGAUUUACAACAGACCAAUAGCACUGAGAGUGAAACCUUUGCUUUAGUGAAACAUUUGUGCUGGUUAGCUGGGAUCUAUGAUUAACAAGAGAUUAACAUUACUGAGGUGAAAUCUGGCAAAUAUUUCCUCAGAACCAUUACACAGAAGCUAUGGUCCAGUGGGGAGCCAAGGCUGCAUGUCAAGUUGGUAUUGGAACUUGGGAAUGUGUCCCCACAUGUCUCCCGCGUGACACUGGUUUUGAAGGAAUGAAGGAGUCAGAGGGAGUAGCUGAGGCUUGGCACCAUGCAGGGUUUGAAUCCCUGCGGAGAGGCCAAGAGGCCUUUGGUGAACUUAAAGCCUCAAUUGCAGUGGAGACCCAGGAAUUUAAAGGCUAAUAAUAAAGAAAGGCUAAAACUUGGCACCCUAAGAAGCCAGGAGACCACUGAUGAGUGUAUAACCUCAACUGCAAUAGAGAGUAUCGUUUUGGAGAUUCUGGGAUGAUGAGAUGAUUGCCAGGGAUAACCGCCCUGUAGAACGAGCCAGCCUGAGCCUACAAGACAAGUCAGUGUGCUGAAAAUUGCAAAUCUGGAGAAAUUGAGGUAGCUCUAAGGCAGUGAGACCCCAGAAGAUCUUGAGUGAGUCCUAAACACCUGAACUCUUUACACGUUUGACUUUGGUUGUUCUUUGAUCUGAUUGUAAUUGUGCCCUUUCUCUUCCCUUUUAGAACUAGAAAGUAUAACUUGUUUUUGCAGGAGCCCAUAGUUAAGAGACUGGAUACUUUAAUUAAGAUAACUUGGACUUAUAAAGUGUUAAAAAAUGUAGACUAUGGGAUUUAAAAAGCUGGAUUGUGUUUUACAUUAUAAUAUUAGCAUAAGAUAUGAGGGACGAAUGACAAAGGAAAAGUUGUGGGUUUGUGUGUUGAGUUGACCAGGAAUCAGUUGUGUUGGUUAGUUUUUUCAACAUGGCACAAACUAGAGUCUCCUAGGAAGAAGUAACGUCAGUUGAGGAAUUGCCCUCUCAGAUUGUCUUGUAGUCAGGUGUGUGGGACAUUGUAUUAGUUACUGGUUGUGGGACAUUGUAUUAGUUACUGGUUGUGGGACAUUGUAUUAGUUACUGGCUGGUUUGGAAGGGUCCAACCAACUGAGGUCAGUGCCACUGCUGGGCUGAACAGUACGUGGCAAGAACUACUGUGCCCUCCACUUCCCUUCUGGUCUCCAAGUGCCUGCCUGUCUUCCCUUCAUGAUGGAAUGGAAAGAAUGAGCCAAACAAACCCGUUUUUUUGUUUUUUUGUUUUUUUUGCUCACGUUGCUUUUGUUCAGUAUUUUGUGUGAGCAAUAGAAAUAUUUUACUAUCAUCUAGUGGACUUUUUAAAUGGAUGUGUAGGUCUUAGUCCAGGGUGUUUGGACAUGUUAAUUUUAGAAUUCGUGUCCCAAGCACAGUAACAUUUUCAUUCAUCUCUCUUCCCUAGUAUGUCUCCUUACAAAACAAAAAACAAAAAACCAAAAACAACAACAAAACAAAACAAAAAGGUUGUCUGCUAUUCAGAAGAACUAAGAUCACAUUAGAAAGCUAGAGAACACAGAUUUGCUGUGUGUGUGUAUUUUUUUCUGUUAUAUUACCUUCUAUUUAAGACAAUAUGGACUCCCUCCAGAUGCCAUGAAGUACAUUUACCAGCACAUGUCGGGGGUUAAAUAUCUUUUAUACCUUUUAUUUAAGCAGGAUGUAAUUGAUUGAAAGGGUGAACUUGCUGUGUGAUAACCUUAAAAUGGAGUGUGAAAAAUAAUCCUGCAUCAAAGAUUAGUAAUAACAAUUACUCUAACUGAACUUUUCCCCUCACAGCUUUGAAGAACAGAACCUUAGGUUCUAGAAACUGACACUUGAGGUUCCCAUUAGGAAUUCUAUCUCAGAACUGAUAUGGAUUAAAAUCAUUCCAAAUGCCCCUGUUUCUGGAUACCACUCUGGAGUGGCAGAGCCUUGCUUCUACAAAGAAGCCCUGCGGUUGUCUCAAUAUGUGAUUCCACUGGAUUUGGGAGAACUUGCCAGUGACAAUGAGGGCCUAAUCAGUUGCCUUCACGCCAUCAGUUUGCCCACUGUGAGUGAAAUUGCUGCUUUAUUUGGAUAAAUGAACAGUGCUGUCUGGGGACCUGAAAGAGGAAAUGGAACCAGUAAUUGGGGUGGAGGAACAGUAGUCAGAUUGCACAGGAAACAGGUAGUCAAUCUCUUCAAUUCUUUAAUUUGAGAUCAUUCAAGUACAUCAUGUUCUAAGUGCCUUUACCAAAUUUUCAUAACCACAUAUUUGUUUGCUAACAAACACACACCUCAACAAAAUAUAUGUGAACUAUUUCCAUAUCUCUCUCAAUCUGGGAAGAAGCAAAUUUUACCAAGGGUGGGGGUUGGGGGGACAGAGUUGCUUUUUUAUCCUAUCAUGCAGUGAACAUCCUGAAACUGGCAUUUUUUUACUUUGUUAUAUAGGGUCUUGUGAAGCUAAUGCUGGCUUUGAAUAAUGAAUGUAGUUAUUUUUAUUUUUUGUGGCUAGUGGUAGUGUUGCUGUGUAUAAAGGUGUGUAUAUGUAUAGACCGCAGAGAAUACUUUGCCAAUGAAGAGAGGGUCUUUUUCAUUGACCUAGAGCUCAUUGAAUAGGUUAGACAGGGUCUGCCUUUUUCUGCUUCCCCACUGUUAGAAUUACAACCAUGAACUACCAUGCUCAGCUUUUUUUACAUGGAUGCUAGACAUCCAAACUCAGGAUCUCAAGGAUUUUGCCAACUGAAGUGUCUAGCCAGCCCAUUCAAUACAGGUUUUGUUUGGUCAGUUGGUUCAUUUAGUUGGGUUUUGGACACAGGGGUUCUUCUUUUUUGUUAAAGAGAAGGAAUGAGAAAUUGUUAUGGUCUAUAACAAUGACAUCUUCAUCUUCUUUCUUUCAGUAUGGGAUGUGUAGUCAGCAGUGUUUCAAUACUGAUCCUGAGUCUAAACAAAAUAUGAUAAGGCAUAGAAUUCAACUGGUUUUUUUGCUUUUAUGGUGGUAGAAGUGACUGUUCACAGAUAUGAAACGGUCGCUGGGCAGCUCAGUCCCAUCAUCCAAAGCACACGAACACCCAAUAUUUCUCAGUGCAUAUUUUAUACUACUCUUCAACACUGUUGUUGUAAAUACUUUAUAACAUAUAGGUUGUAUUCAGGUCAGUUUUAGUGUUGGGGCAGAAGUGGGCAGACUCUUACGUACAUAGCUAGAAUGUAAAUACUUAAGAGCAUGAUAGAUUUUGUUGUAAUAACAUCUCUGCCAUUGUGGCUCAAGAGUAGCUGGAGACGAUACAAAUGGAAAAAGCUGGCCCUUCCAAGAACAUGUCUUUUACUGAGAUUGAAAUGUGAAUAUAUCAUUUUCAUAUUAUGAAAUACUAGGUUUUUAAACCCUUUCAGCCAUUACAAAAUGUAAAACUCUUCUAAGCUCUUGGACUAUACUGAAACAAGACAGCUGGUGUAUCUAGCCCAGUAGCCCAUUGUUUGCUGUGCUCUGCCUUAGGGUUGUAAAACUAUACUGGUAUUUUGUUUGGCAUUCUCCAGACAGGUAAUGUGGUUCCCCAAUGUACGGCACUUCCCAGAGGCUCCCUACCAUAGGAACAUCAGGACCUAUCUGGAAUAGGAUGCCAGUUACCAGUAUUCCUGGCUCAUGGUGUCUUGAGGGUACUUAGCUGUGUUUAGCCCAACCUAACAACUGUUGAAGCUGUGAUUGUUUCCCUACUCUCAUGGUGGAAGAUAUGAAGACCUAUAGGGUGGCCUAUUGGCAGUGUACCCUUCUACUUAGACUCUCAUUUUAAGCCUUGCUCCUUCUUUAUAUCCUAGCCCUGUGGUCUGCGGUACAGCACUCGGGCUUUCUUCUUAGUCCAUCACAUUCUCCUUGUCAUCUGGCUGUGGCUCUCACUCAGUGGCUAAUUGCAGCAAAACAAACUUCUGUUAAAAAUACUGAACAAGGCAUGCACCUUGGUCAGCUGGCAGCAUGUUCAGUGUGUUUGUGCUCUGCUUAUAUUUGGUCCACUGGUUUCCCUUUAGACUUUAAAUUAGUAACAGUCUUUUUUGAUAAAAAUUUUCAAAUAGUUGUGUCCAACAUGGAAAUGGAUGAAGACAAAGAAGAGGAAUAAUCAAAUUUAUUAAAGCUAAUAUUCAUAAUGAAUGUUUGCCUGCCAGCCAUUUUGUCCUUUUGUUUUUAUCUUUUAAAAUAUAUAAAUUUAUGUCUGAUUUAGAUUAGUCCUGCAGUCAGGACAAUCGAUUUUGGUCAUGAAGCACUUGUAAAAGCAUAGAUAGCAUUCAUUAAAAAUUAGGAGAAGUUACUCAAAAGCCUAUUGUCCAGAAAUAAGUAUUUAUCAUUUAAUGCCUCCAUAGUAUCAUAGUUCAUACAUGUACCUCCACAAAUGUACAUGUACAAGCAGUGCUGUGUUUGUGUGGGUUUGAUAGAUUGGUACCUACAGAUAGAUGGUAAGGAAAAAGGGAGAGGGAUGGGCUGUCUGCAGGCCAACUCUCCAUCCUUACUUCUUCCUCUGCAUCUGCAUGCUGUACUUGUGUUACCAUUAACCAUGCUUGAGUUAGUGUCUCUGUGGAACUUGCCUUGUCAGACUGCCUGAAGAAGGCUGUGGUAACCCCAUGCUCUUUGUCAUCGGGAUCUGUGAAUCAUCUACCUCUGAGUGUGCUAUGGUCAGUUGUGUGUUGAUAUGGUGCGCUUGUCUCUACAAAUGGUACACAAUGUAAAGUCGCAUGACAGAACAAAAUAACAUAAGGCAUAAUAACAUCUUAUCAACAAUAUGUUGAAAAAAAUGUAGACACUGAAUAAAAAUACCAGCGCAGUUUCUCACAUGUUAACUGAUUAAGAAAUAAUCAACUACUGUAAUAACUAUGACACUUUUUCUUGGAAAAGUCCUUGAGUUCUCUUGUUGAUGUUGGCAUUUUGGUAUGCCUGAACUGCUGUUAAGGAAAUACCACAGAUUGAGUGGGUUGAACAGAAAUUAUUUUCGUAGUCUUGGAGGCCAGAAGUCUGAGGUCAAGAUCCUCUGAGGCUGGUUUCUUCUAAAUCUUCCCUUGGCCUCUACUUUGAGGAAUUUGUGUCUUUUCAAAAGGAUACAAAUUAAACCAAGCAGGGUCCUACCUGUCUGGGUCCUUUUAGCCUUCGCUUUCUCCUUAAAUGCUAUCUACAGAGUGAUGCACACCAGAAGCUUGAGCGUCAACGACAAAUGGAGGAGGCCCACUGGUCAGAGUGAAACAGCGUAGGAAAGGUCACAGACUGGGAGCUACUGGGAGGUGACCAAAGGAGGAUAACUGAGAUCAGAAGGCCAAUUCCAACAUCUGGUGGAUAUGACAUGUGUGUGCGGCUGGGUUCAUUUGGGCUUGUGCGCGUGUGUCUUUCUGAGCCACUCUGCUCUGCACAGUGCAAAUUGCUGCCCCCAUGUAGUGUAUUGGGCAGAGGAAGUCAUAUACAAGCAGAUAGGAAAUUCAUGUCAGCGUUCACAUGGGAAGACAUUGUAUCUCACAGGCCCCACAGAGAAGCUGAUGGAAUGAGCCAUGGAGCCAGGCAGUCUGAAUCCAUGCCUUCUCUUAAAUAAAACCCUGUGGGAUGUUUAGGAAAAGUGCUUGGCAACCCUGAGCCUAUUUAUGUAUAAAAUGUGUGUUUUAAUAGUGGCUACCCCAGACAGCUGAGUUCAUCUGUAAAGAGGUAUGCUGUCCCUGAUGAGUGUAGUGAGUGUGAGUUCCUUUAGUGUUACCUGUUUUCUGGCAUCAGUAAAGCUGAGAGAACGUGUGAAGUAGCAAAUAGCUGGCACUCUUUUCCACAGCCUGCCCUCGGCAGUGGGCUCCUUCAGCACCACAGCUACCUCACUUAAAAGAGGUAGCACUGGUGAUGUUGCUUGUGAAGAAAGAUGCAAGGAGAUUCGAGGACAGCAGGCUUUCGGCUUACAAAGAAUCUCUUGUAUUCUGUGCAAUCCAAGGAGGCAGAAUCCACAUGAUUCUGCAGAACUGUCGACUGUGGCAUUCACACUCACUCUCUCUCUCUCUCUCUCUCUCUCUCUCUCUCUCUCUCACACACACACACACACACACACACACACGCACACACACAUGAGAAAGAAGAAAAAAGAUACACUACCAGUGUGAGAGCAGAAUCUCGGCCCCAUUGGCUUUCUGCUAUGCAAGGAUGUGACAGAAGUGGAUGAACAACGGUGUCCUACUUCAGCAGGGAGCGAUGCCUGCUGUGUGCGCAGAAGCCAGGGCUUUUGAAGCACCACAUGAGAAAUGUCAGAACAUGCAGUGAAUCUCUUUGAACCAUAGAGGUUUAAAAUCUGCCCAAGUGAUUCUGAGAAGAUACAGUUUGACUCUACCAGGAGGGAGGGAGGGAGGAGAAAAGCCUGGUGCCCAGUGGCUUUCGCCUAGGUAAAGCCUCCUCUGCUAUGGCAGGGCAGUCUGAGCAGCUUUAGCAGGUCAGCAUGGCGCCUGGAGACAGGUGCUCGCUGUUUAGUGUGAUCAUUAUCAGUUCUAAGGGCUUAAGGGAGCAAUGUUCUUGAACGAGUUCGAGGGUAGAAGUCAGAUGCAAGUGGUUCUUGUUCUCCCUCAAUUUGUGCUACCUUGGUGAAUAAGUUCACUCUACCAGAUGCUGCUGGUACCAAAGGGCAACAGUAACCUGCUCGUCAGAGGAUGCUGCUGGGAACAAAUGGGAUCGUGUAUAGUGUGCAUGUCGCUGUAUCUCUGUUGCUUUCCACUGGGAUCACAAAGCUGAGCAAGCAAAAAUUUCUGAGAUGCCAGGCUUCACGGAGGCAAUGGAUUCUACUUCCUAGCAGAGCCGUUCAGCAUCUCGGCUAGGCCGCCAUUACCUGGAGAACUUCAGAAGCACCUCCGCCCAGUGCCUCACUGUUGCUUCAGUUGUAGCUGCUCUGAAUUUCCUGUCCUAAUUUGCCAUCAAUCUGUUUUAAGCCAGACCUGGUGGCACUUUCUUUGUAAAAUGUGGACAGUGCUACUUUUCAGACUUUAUUUUAUUUGAUGUGUAUGGGUGUUUUGCCUACACGUACAUCUGUUUUCCAUGUGUUUGCCUGGUGCUGGGGGUGGGGUGAGGGAGCAGACGCGAACACUGGACGCCCAGGAGCUGGAGUCACAGAGGGUUGCAAGCUGCUCUGACCCACCGAGCCAUCUCUCCAGUCCUGUACCACUAACUUGGAAUCCCCACCUUUAGGAGGCUGAGUCAGGAGGGCAGUGAAUUUAAGGGCGGUGUGACUGGCUACACAGUAAAUGUGAAGAGAGCCUGGGCUACGUUGGAACACUGCCUCAAAGCAGCAACAAAACCAAAAACCAAAACAAGAAGAGAGGACCGACUGUGUUUUGAGAAAGGAGGCUCUCUGUGGCUCCUUCUCAGCUUUGCUUUCCCUUCCUUUCCUCCCCCUCCCCAGGGGCAAAUGUUGAGUUUUUCAGUGUUUAGUUGCCUUCUGGCGUCAUUAUCCUCGUGAUGACCUUGUAGCAACCCCAUUCCUCUUCAAGGGUCAGCCUGGCAUCCUUAAAGACCCUUCAGCCAUGCUGGUGUGUCUGGUUGUCUUUGGAGUUGGCAAGUAGACCAUUAAUCCUGGGGUUUGAGCACAGUCCCUAGUCACUUAAGGAGUGAAUGUGGGGGUAGUGGGUGGAGGAUGGGCACUUCGAUGGGAGUAAGAGGGCACACAGCUAGUUCUCAAAUAGGAGGAUUUGAGCAGAAUCCAGAUGAUUUUAGGGGAGACAGGUUAUGUUAUUCAUGGGCCCUUCCAAAUUUAAGUGUGAAUAAAAAUUUAACUAAAAGAGAAUCAGGUGGACCACUUCCACUUUAAAUGCAAACUGAACUGUUGGCCAGGUCUACAAAGCUAUUGUGAUUUGAAAGCAUUAAAUGUGUUAAAAUCUUAAAGUUGGCUGCUUAUCUGUGUAUGGUAUCUUAGCAACUCUUGUUUGAUGGAAGGUUGUUUACUGCUCCUUAGACUCAACUGUAGGAGAGUUAGGGGUACUGUUCAGUAGAUCUCCUGUGCCGGAGGCUAUUGGUGCAGGUGCACACAUGCUGGCUUGCGUCAUCAUUGUCUGGUUAGAGUUAACAGAAUUCACAUUGAAAAGCACAAGUCUCAGCCCUGUUACCUAAUUCAUGAAGGUUCUGCUAGUCACAGGUGUAAGGAAAUCACAUGCUUUUGGGUUUAGCCUCAUCUGGCAAUUGCUUACUGACGUUGUGGGCACUUUAAUGGUCGUCCAGUUCUUGUAUCUUGGGAAGAGGAGAGAAGAGAUAUUCAUGGAGCAGGGUGAAGAUUCUGCGGUAAGUUUCCUAAACAUAAAACAUCACCCUUGUGUGAGAUGUUAGAUAUUUUAUUUAAAAAGUCCCUCCUACCCAUGAAGACACUGGGAGGGAAGUGGCCCGAUGCCAGAUAGCUCCCAAGUACCGUAGCUUGCACUUGUACCCAGCUCUCUAAAUUGUUUCUACUCUAUAGUGUUAGGGGUGGCUCAAGAGUUCUGUAUGGAAUUGUGAUCAGAGCAGGCACAGGGAGGAGUGGUGGCGUUAGAUGUUGUUUGCUCUCAGCAGAUUCUUUCCUCUCAUGCCCACGUGAUGAGCCUCUACAGCGCUUAUGUCUAGCAACCCCCCAGGAAGUUAGCUCUGUAGGGCAGGUGGCUGAUGUCCUUCUCAUUCUUUGCAGCUAUCUCUGCUAUUAAAUUGCCCUCUGCUAUUAGAUUGCCUGCAUCCUGGGUCCUGGGGUUGUGUGUUAUUUACCUUUUCAUCUCCACGACGCACUCAGCGCGAUGCCUGGCACUUGGUGGAGAUUUUCCUUUUACCUCUAUGUAUUUAGCUACGGAGUCCGGUUCUUGAAACAGACCCCUUGGUUGUGGAAUACAAGACACUGCUGGUAUAACUACCCUUACCAGCCACUCACAGCUGACCUUCACUACUAUUACAUCCUGGAGCUGUCAUUUUAUUGGUCUUUAAUGGUUUCCCAGUUCACAGAUAUCAAAAGGAAGGACUUCGGCAUUAUGUUCCUGCACCACCUUGCAACAAUUUUCUUAAUAACCUUUUCAUAUGUCAACAACAUGGCCCGAGUAGGAACCCUGGUCCUCUGUCUUCACGACUCAGCCGAUGCUCUGCUAGAGGCUGCCAAAAUGGCAAAUUACGCCAAAUUUCAGAAAAUGUGUGAUCUCCUGUUUGUCAUGUUUGCCGUGGUUUUUAUCACCACACGGCUGGGCAUAUUUCCUCUCUGGGUGUUGAAUACCACAUUAUUUGAAAGUUGGGAGAUCGUCGGACCCUACCCUUCCUGGUGGGUUUUUAACCUGCUGCUCUUGUUACUACAAGGGUUGAACUGCUUCUGGUCUUACCUGAUUGUAAAAAUAGCUUGCAAAACUGUUUCAAAAGGCAAGGCUGGGAAGUGGAACCCUUUGCAUGUAUCCAAGGAUGACCGGAGUGACAUUGAAUCUAGCUCAGAUGAUGAGGACUCAGAGCCUCCAGGGAAGAAACCACACUCUUCAACAACCACCAACGGAACCAGCGGUACCAAUGGGUACCUCCUCACUGGUCCUUGUUCCGUGGAUGAUUAACUACCCAAAACUAUAAGUUCUGAACAAAGGGAACUGUUUGUUCCUGGAAGUAUUUAAUAAGUUGCAAAUGCAGUUCCUUUCAUGAUAUCUCAUCACCAGAGACAAAAAAUUAGGAUUCUUGGAGCAUUCUGAAUAGUGUACUGCCAUGUGUCCUGUCUGUGAAUGAAGAAAUCCAUUAUUUCUAUGUAGGCAUGCUGUAUGUAACUGACACAGGGAACAGUAUUUGCAUUUGUCUUAGGAUAUUAUUUAUUUUUUUAUUUGUUUGUAAAUCUGUGGACAAACGAGGAUUCCUUCACUCCUUUCAUUCUCUGGGCUCGUGAUUGACAGUAAGGAUGUCCUGUCUGUGUGUGCCCCUUUUCCACGUUGUGGUCCAGUGUGCCGUGAGCAUCAGCUUUCUUUACCCCUUAGAGCAAGGAACAUCCCAUGCCAGAUCCUCACACAGUUCCCAGUAGGUUGGCUUUCCUUCUGUUCUGCACCCAUUUUCUAUUUGCCCAUACAGUUGGUGACCAUUGCCCCACGUGAGUCUAAACAGGGUGAACCAGGUGUUUUCCUUGCCACUCUUGGUGAUCAGAUGAAAGAGAGUGGCUAUGGGGGGACUUUAGAAUUUUACAGGAAACCGCCUUGGUUUGUCUCUUGUGCACAGACAUGAGACUUCUUUUCUGUGGUAGGUUGUCGGGGGUUGACUAUGUUGGUAACAAAGCUAUUUUGCCCUCCAGUGAAGUCAGUGUUCUGAGUAUGAAACAGUAUCUCUUGCAUAAGUUCCCAGAUACAAGGGCCCCACAUACUGGGUUCUGGGAGUCUCGUAAGGAUAGCCACUGCCCUCAACCAGGUCUUGCCAUGACUUCUACCCUAUUAGUCCAGUCUUCUGUCCUGACGUAUAAAAAAGAGGAAGCCCCGAAUAUUCUGAGGCAGGAAAAGAAAAAGUCUUGUGGGAGUUGGCAAAGACUUCCUUCCCUGCAAAGCACUUUAUUGCAACCAGCUUUCAAGAGAAAGCCCUAUCUGGUAUUAGACUUUGUAUUUUGCUGAGUAAAAUAAAUCGAAUGAGAGAAAGACAAUUAACCCCUUGCCUUCCUCCUCAAAUGCAUCCCAUAAUGACUUUCUUGUUGCUAGAAACAUCCACCCCACAGGACAAGUCUGUUCCAUUUACUGCUCUGACGACUUGUGAGGGCUCCUGUGAAUUUCUCUUCAAGUGGAGCUAUUUCCAGAAAAACAGUAAAAAAUUCUACUGGAGAAUAGCAGCAACAGCUGUGGGGAAAAUUGCCAAAGAAUACGUCAUGAGCCCUCACCCACCCCCACCCCCUGCAGCCAGUGUUACUUUUGUUCGGCUACAGAAACCACACAGAUGAGCCGAGGACUAGACCCAUCUCAUCCUCAGUAAAAAGGAAACUGAAUGGGAUUACAAGUACUCGUGAGUCAAACAUCUCCUAAAACAGGACUCCAAACCAGUCAGCGCUGAGUAACCAAUAGCAAAACAUUACAGUGCAUGACGGUCCUGCUCAGAACCACCCCCACUCCAUUUGGUUCUUUUAAAUUAAAUCUGCAUACCCAUACCUUGAAGCCUGUGAGUUAAUUGUUAAGAGAAGACUCCCGAAGAACUCACUGCAAUAUUAAAUCCUCCUCCACCUAAUUACAAAACAGUAUUUUCUGGUAUGGUCCAGACAAUAAUUUUCAAAGCUUGGAAGCAUGUCUAGUUGUUACCACAGAAGACAGUGCAAGUGACUGUGUGAUUUGAGCCUUGCUGAUAUAUUAGCCAAAACAGUUAUAUGUCUAGGAGUGAAACUUGAUUGAGUGUUUGGGUUUGUGAGACCAGUGAUAAGACACGGGAGGUACUGUUAGUAAUCAGAGCAUUUGCUCAAAUACAAAUGGAUGAAAACCAAGAGCAGUGUUGAGACAGUGAAAGUUUGUCAUCAGCUAAGCUAAGGAACCUACCCAUCUCUAGUUAAUGUCUGGGCUCAUCCUCCCAGGUAUGAGAUGGUUUUGACAACCACUGUGUACUUGUAUUUGAACCAUGUGACACUCUUUAGCACAGAAGAAUUUUAAGAUCAAUCUGUAAAUUCAGAAGAGGUAUAUAAAAAUGAAGUAAGUUGAUCCUGUCCAUAUCAAAGGCAGCUCUAACUCAUCUUCUCCACGGAAGUUACUGUGGAAGACUAGGGGCACGCUUUCUGACUGACACCUUUAGGUUGGCUCAGUCUGCAACGUGUCUGUUGAUUUUUCUGUUUCGUAUUACCUUUGUGAGAAAAUAAUUCUGCUUGGCUAAUUGAAAUGGAGUUUGUAGGCUUUUUCUGGAAUAGAAUAUUAAUAUCUCUGUCUAAUGUUCUCCCAAAAAUGGACGGAUAAGACUGAGAACAGACACUGUCCGCGGAAUCGUAUCCACAUAUGGCAGGCCAUAGCUCUCAGAAAGUCUGACUUGUAAAUCCAGCUUUAGGUUAGUUCUAAGUGGUGAUUUUGGUAAUUAGCAUAGCUUGUGGUGAUGUCUCCUCCUUCCUGGUUGCAUCCAAACUCCCCAGGGUACCAAAGUGUGUGUAGAAAGGACUCUAGAAAAAGUAACUCUCAUAGCUUACCUAGAUUUAGUGGGGGGGAAAGUAGGAAAUCAAGUAGACUUUGGCCUAGAGUCAGUAAUUGAUAUAGCCGUGUCUGAUUUAUGUGUGCAUAUGUAUGUUUCUCCAAAAACUGGUAAAACUAAAUGAUUACUGAUUCAUCAUCGUCCUCCAUAUUCCUUUCCUUAGAAAAAAAACGAACGCAUUCAACCAUGUCCUAAACAGACUUUCCUUCUCUUUAGUUUUGCUUUGCACCAGCUGAGAGUAGCAAAGCCCUCUCAGCCUCUCAGUCACAGAGCUCCCUGAGAUAGACUCAGGUCCUGGAGCAUCUGCUGCCACACAUAGGACACACCCACUUCACUAUCGCAGACUCGGCCCCGUGGAUGUUGAGAGCAGAGGAGCAACUGCAAGGAUCAGUAUUGUGGGUCAUUCGAGUAUUCAUUGUAAAAGUGCAAGUGAUUGCCAUUUAACCCCAUGGUUCUAAUGUCUGCUGAACUGCCAGACAGAGCAUAUCCCAAAUUAUCAUUAGAUUGUGUCAUUGGCGUCCAAUGCUGAUGAACAAGGCAGCAAAGGCACGGACCAAGAAAGACCAGUCAUCUUUAGUCCAUAUGGUAGGUGAGUCUCAAACUGGUAAACUCCUGUCUGAGUCAUACACUUAGCAAAAGCACUGCGUGCUACCAUGGUCCCAAAAGGUGAUGACAUAGCCUAGGUACAGAGGCGGUACUGUCUGCUGUGUGUAAGUACACUUAUUGAUGUUCGCAGAGUGACAAAAAUGUGUCCCUGCUGUGACAUGACAUAGGCCUAUACUUUUUGAGCAAAUGUAUUGCCUUUCCUUCACUUUAGAUAGAAAGGUCUGAAUCUUCCACCUUGCAUUUAAAUCUCAUUGUUACUUGGGCUAAGGAAAAAUGAGACUUCGUUGUUAUAAAGGACAUUGGAGCUCCCCUGAGUCUGUGUUGACCAGUUCUUCUGAGAGAACGAAUGGGUGCCUUUCAUUGCCUCCAACCCAGUUUACAUUACUAAUCAUUUUGGGGUAAAUCAAUGUCAGAGUUGCCUGGAUAUUUGAGUAUUUUCCUUAAUUUGAAGAAGAAAAAUAGUGUGUAGAAUUAGCCCAAAGGUACGGAUGUGGGCCAUUUAUCAGUAUGGGAGAUGAUGUCAUUAACCCAGAGAGGCCGCAACACCUUUGGAAAUAAGAAGUUAAGUGCUGGCCCUUUGUGUAAUGUUUGUGGUACUAAGGCUCCUACCUGCCUUUCACUUUCCUUGUCUUCGGCUUAUUUCUGCUUAGUCAAUAAGUCGUCAUAGCCCUGCAAUGGUUCUAACACCCAAAGGAGAAAAACAUCAAACAAGACCAGAGUCGCCCUGAGGGGAUAGUGAUCACCUGGCUCUUGUGUAGCAAGAAAGAAAUGUGGAGGGCUCUAACUACUGCAGGUGCCUUCAAGUAUGCUGCCCCUGUCAGGAAUGAUCAUAAACGUUCUUAAAGUGAAACAAGACUGUUUCCUUACAUGUAUGCUUCCCACUAUCAGCUUCUCUUCCAGAGGUGAGAUUGUGCCAUUCUCCAAAUGCUGUGAGCUAAUUAGCAAUAGUCUACCAAUCACAUUUUAGUUCCAUGAACUGAUGGGCUAAAGGAGGGCCCUCCUUUCACCUAUGUGUACAUAGCACCCACCCACCCCUAGGAGGCGCCAAGCAGAUGUGGGGGAGCCCUAGCCAAAGCUCUUGAAACUCCUGUAACCACCAAUACUCAAAAGCAGCCACUUUUCAUGGAGAAAAUCAUGUUGAAGAACGUAAGUCACCAUAAGUAAUGAGAUACGUAGACACCCGAAUAAGAAGGUUCGCCUCCUGCAGGCUUUUGUGACUUGAUGCAUCCCAAAGCCUUUGACAGGAAGCAUCGGCAGGUGCGUGCAUUGAGACUCCCACCAAUGCCAAGUGACAGGAAUGCAUCGGCAGGUGCGUGCAUUGAGACUCCCACCAAUGCCAAGUGACAGGAAUGCAUCGGCAGGUGCGUGCAUUGAGACUCCCACCAAUGCCAAGUGACAGGAAUGCAUGGGCAGGUGCGUGCAUUGAGACUCCCACCAAUGCCAAGUGACAGGAAUGCAUGGGCAGGUGCGUGCAUUGAGACUCCCACCAAUGCCGAGAAGUUGCAAAAGCCUGGGCCACAGGGUGAGUUACUGUGUCUGCAUGGAAUCGGGCACUCUCGGAUUGCUGGGAAGCGAUGAGGAGGCGCUGUUAGCCUGGAGCUGGUCUCCUUUAGCUCAUUCACUCACGGCCUUUUAGGCUUCUGGAACUCUGGUAAAAGAAAGCCAGAUGCUAACAUUUUUCUGCUUUCAGUUUACUAAUGACUGUUAGAUCAGCUCUUCCCAUCCCUUCUUCUCUGUCUGGUGCCAUUUUCAGGAGGUGGGAGAGGGUGUGCCCAUGUACACCUGUCUCCUUAACACAGGUCCACGAAUACUUAGCUUCCUGGGUUGUGUGUCUUCUGAGAACCAUGGUACAGCGUCAGUCACCAUAGUUUCUGUGCUCAGUGGAAAAUUUUGAUUUCAUUCAUAUUUUUAUUCUCUUUACCUAUGAUAAAUGUCAUAAACUGUAAAACUCUCCUUAAUGUGAAACUUUUUUUGGUUUUUUGUUUUGUUUGUUUGGGUUUUUUUUGUUUUUUGUUUUUUGUUUUUUGUUUUUUGUUUUUUUUUAGUGUUAGCUGCAAAGCUACAAAGCUCUGGAAUGGUUACAUUAUGAUUCUGGAACGUUCGCUCAAAGCUUAAUUAGCAUAAGUGUGGACCACACUCCAGCUUAAUUCCCCUGUGCACACAGUUCUCAUCACUCCUGUGCCCAAGUCCCAGUCAUUUCCCUUCAUGGCCUGUAGCUGUCAGAGAAAGGAAUGGUGGUUAAUUUGGAGGUUUGUUUCUCUUUUCCAGCUUUCCCUGGGGACUAGAAUAAGUGACAGAACCUCAUUUGUUUUCUAAAGAUAGUUCGGUGCGUGAGCAUCUGUCAGAAGUGGAAUGGUGUGCCAUUAGCCAAUUAGAAUCACUCUGUACUGUCACUGUGUUUUUGCUGAUUUUUUAUAUGGGAAUAUAAUUACUCGUUCUUGAUCUUUGGAAGUAAUUGUUAUUAUGAGGAUCAUUUUACUUUGGAAACACUUUCAUAAUAAAGAUAAACAUUAAGAGUACA